AUGCUUCAGCUAAGUGCGGUUGCUCUUGCCGAUUUUGGAGAUGAUUGUGGCUUCCGGGGCUGCUUCCGGGGUCCCUUCGGUCCCAGGCGUGGAUGGUUUGGCCGCGGUUGGGGUGGCUGGUUCGGCGGUGGUAGAGGUGGCGGGUUCGGAGGCGGCCCGGGCGGUGGUCCGGGGGGAGGAUUCGGCGGUGGUCAGGGGGGCGGAUUUGGAGGCGGCCCAGGUGGUGGUCCGGGGGGAGGAUUCGGCGGUGGUCAGGGGGGCGGAUUUGGAGGCGGCCCGGGUGGUGGUCCGGGAGGAGGAUUCGGCAGUGGUCAGGGAGGCGGAUUUGGCGGCGGCCCGGGUGGUGGUCCGGGAGGAGGAUUCGGCAGUGGUCAGGGAGGCGGAUUUGGAGGCGGCCCGGGUGGUGGUCCGGGGGGAGGAUUUGGAGGCGGCGCUGGUGGUGGCGGUGGUGCUGGAGGUGGUGCUGGAGGUGGUGAAGGAUUUGGAGGUGGCGGGGGUGCUGGAGGUGGCGUUGGAGGCGGCCGUGGUGGAGGGUUUGGCGGUGGUAUUGGCGGUGGACGCGGCGGUGGGGGCAUCGGAGUUGGCGUAGGAAUUGGAGGCGGAGCAGGUGGCGGUGGCGGUGGCCGCGGCGGCGGCGGCGUCGGCCGUGUUGCCGGGAGAGGGAAGUAG